AAAUCAGGGUAUCCAGGGAAAUGGAGUAUAUGCCGGAACCCGCCGACCGCAGCCCCGGACACAUCUUGUGCUGCGAGUGUGGUGUCCCAAUUAGUCCAAAUCCUGCCAAUAUUUGUGUGGCCUGUUUGCGAAGUAAAGUAGACAUCAGCCAAGGCAUUCCAAAACAAGUGUCGAUAUCUUUCUGCAAACAAUGCCAAAGAUAUUUCCAGCCGCCAGGAGCUUGGAUACAGUGUGCGUUAGAAUCCAGGGAGCUUCUUGCUUUGUGUUUGAAAAAAAUCAAAGCCCCUCUGAGUAAGGUACGGCUUGUAGAUGCAGGCUUUGUUUGGACUGAGCCCCAUUCUAAGAGACUUAAAGUUAAACUAACUAUUCAGAAAGAGGUGAUGAAUGGUGCUAUCCUUCAGCAAGUGUUUGUGGUAGAUUAUAUUGUUCAGCCCCAAAUGUGUGGAGAUUGCCAUCGAGUAGAAGCUAAGGAUUUCUGGAAGGCUGUGGUUCAAGUCCGGCAAAAGACUUUGCACAAAAAAACUUUCUACUAUCUGGAACAGUUGAUUUUGAAAUAUGGAAUGCAUCAGAAUAUGCUUCGUAUCAAAGAGAUUCAUGAUGGUCUGGAUUUUUAUUAUUCUUCAAAGCAGCAUGCCCAGAAGAUGGUAGAAUUUCUUCAGUGUACAGUUCCCUGUAGAUACAAAUCCUCACAGAGACUGAUCUCUCAGGAUAUCCAUAGUAACACAUACAAUUAUAAGAGCACUUUUUCUGUGGAAAUUGUUCCAAUAUGCAAGGAUAAUGUUGUUUGUCUGUCUCCAAAACUGGCACAAAGUCUUGGAAAUAUGAACCAGAUUUGUGUGUGUAUUCGAGUAACCAGUGCCAUCCAUCUCAUAGAUCCACAUACCCUACAAGUUGCAGAUAUUGAUGGCAACACCUUCUGGAGUCACCCUUUCAAUAGUUUAUGCCAUCCCAAACAGCUAGAGGAGUUUAUUGUGAUGGAAUGCAGCAUAGUUCGAGAUCUAAAACGCAGUGCAGGUGCUGGAAUGGUAUCAAAAAAGCAUACCCUCGGGGAAGUCUGGGUGCAGAAAACAUCUGAAAUGAAUACUGAUAAACAGUAUUUUUGUCGCACUCAUUUGGGACAUCUUCUAAAUCCUGGAGACCUGGUGUUGGGGUUUGAUUUGGCCAACUGUAACUUAAAUGAUGAGCAUGUCAACAAAAUGAACUCGGAUAGAGUCCCAGAUGUGGUAUUAAUCAAGAAGAGCUAUGACCGUACCAAACGUCAGCGACGUAGAAACUGGAAACUGAAAGAACUUGCAAGAGAUAGAGAAAACAUGGAUACAGAUGAUGAAAGGCAAUACCAGGAUUUCCUUGAAGAUCUUGAAGAAGAUGAAGCAAUUAGAAAAAACGUAAACAUUUACAGAGAUUCAACCAUUCCUGUGGAAAGUGACACAGAUGAUGAAGGAGCACCUCGAAUUAGUCUGGCUGAGAUGCUUGAAGACCUUCACAUUUCCCAAGAUGCUACAGGUGAAGAAGGUGAAUCGAUGAUGACAUAAUAAGAUCCUGUUGUAGAUGGUUUCUGUGUUUGUAGGCUUAGCAUAUUGGACAAAAUAACUUUUACAGUCUGUUCCAUGUAUGCCUCUAUAUUAAAAGAGGAGAAAUUUAGCGUUAAACCUGAGUAAAUAGGAGUAUUUUGAUUGCUCACACAAAAUGCUGAAAAAGAUUUAGAUAACAAUAGAUUAUGGAGAAUGUAAUUAUUGAUAUUUCGGCCAUUUUAUGUUUGAAAUUUUAUCGGUUCGCUUUUUUUAUGAGACACUAAUA